GAGGCGGGCCGGAGGGAGGGAGGCGAGCGGCAGAGCCGGGAAGGGGCGAGGGUAGCCUGGCGCAGGGCACGCGGCAGCUGCGGGCGGCGCACGCUCAGGCUCCGGCUCGCCCCCAGCCUGCAAGCCCCGGCGGGGAAUGACGAGGCCGGCGCCCCGCUGCUGCCCAGCCGCUGCUGUUCGGGGCGGGGGCCGGGGCCGCGCAGACCUUCCCGGCGCGGGGAGCCUCCUCCAGAGGGGCUGACUCUGAUCGCUGCCGCUCCCGCCCCGGCGGAAGGCGCAGGCCCCGGGGAGGGGCCGCCGGAGCGGGAGCAGCGGCGCCGGAGAGGAGGAGGCCGAGCCCAGGGCGCCCGCGAGGAGGAUGCGCGGUGCCGGGCUCUGAAGGAUGGAGGGGGUUUUGUACAAGUGGACCAAUUAUCUCACAGGUUGGCAACCUCGCUGGUUUGUUUUAGAUAAUGGGAUAUUAUCCUAUUAUGAUUCACAGGAUGAUGUGUGCAAAGGGAGCAAAGGAAGCAUAAAGAUGGCAGUUUGUGAAAUUAAAGUCCACCCAGCAGACAAUACAAGAAUGGAAUUAAUCAUUCCAGGAGAGCAACAUUUCUACAUGAAAGCUGUGAAUGCCGCCGAGAGGCAGAGGUGGCUAGUCGCUCUGGGCAGUGCGAAAGCUUGUCUGACUGACACUAGAGCGAAAAAGGAAAAAGAAAUAAGUGAAACCAAUGAAUCUUUGAAAACCAAAAUGUCUGAACUUCGCCUCUACUGUGACCUCUUAAUGCAGCAAGUUCAUACCAUACAAGAAUUCGUCCAUCAUGAUGACAGUCAUUCAUCCCCCAGUGUAGAGAAUAUGAACGAAGCUUCAUCUCUGCUUAGUGCCACAUGUAACACAUUCAUCACCACACUUGAAGAAUGUGUGAAGAUAGCAAAUGCCAAGUUUAAACCAGAGAUGUUUCAAUUGCCUCAUCCAGAUCCUCUGGUUUCUCCUGUAUCACCUUCACCUGUUCAAAUGAUGAAACGUUCCAUCAGCCACCCUGGUUCUUACAGCGCAGACAGGAGUAGUCACACUGUAAAAGAAGCAGGGCCUUCACUUCACCGAAUCUCCCAGCGGCGCAGAAGAACCUAUUCAGAUACAGACUACAAUGAUAUUCCCCCUGAAGACCCAGAUAGACCUGUUCACUGUUCAAGAAAUAUUCUCAAUGGAGAUUUGGCAUCAGCAACCAUUCCUGAAGAAAAUAGAACCAUGUCCAAAAAAAGAUCUGAAUUGGAAGAUGUUCUUCCAUCCUUCUCUUCCUGAGGAAACUGAAGUGUCUAACCUUCUCUAAGUAUUGCUAUGCAAAAGCUGCUGUAAUUAUAUUGUUGUUAUAGGGAGUAGUUUUUUCCCUUUACUUAGAAGGAUUUCUCUGCACUUUAUAGAAUAAUGUUAAAAAAAAAAACCCAACAAUUACAAAAAACCUUUGAAGUGUAUUUUAUCUUUAUAUAGUUUAUUUGCGAGAGUAUUUUCCUAAUAACUUCACAAUAUGAAUGUGCAUCUCUUUCUUUGAAUAAAUGAUGGCUUAACAUUUAGGCAUUUAUGAGGAUAAAUGUAGAUAUUUUUUUAAAAAAGUGUGAAGGACUGAUGGCUUCGUCAGUUUGUAUUGUCUCUUAUAAACAUGGAGCCUUUUGCACAGGUUUCAUUCUGACAGAGGUGUGAAAUAUUUGAUUGUGCCAUGGACCAACUGGUCACUUACCCCGUUAAAAAUGUGUGACUGUACUGGUGGGCAGUAAUCACAUUGUCCUCCUUGCAGAAAAAAAGGAACAACUAAUAGCAUCUUAACAUAUCUUUAGCCCAAGUGACAUGACAUAUCAAGUAUUUUUUUAUAAAACCAGAUUGUGUUGUCCUUCAGAUGUGGGGAUGGCGCUGCUGAAUUGUUGAUGCCAAACUGUUGAUAUGAAGUAUUUAAUUUUCAUUUAUUUAUUACUUUCUGCUGCAUCAAAAAGAGAUAGCAUUCUGAUUUGUGACCAACCAAAUUUAAGAUGUGCAUUUGUUGUUAUUUGCAUUGUACCAGAAAAAGAGUUUAAUGUUGCAGUGAAUUUACUCAGUUUAAAACAGAAAUAAAAAUCUUUUUUUUUUUUUUUGUGGAAUAAGUUUUUGUGCUUGUUUCUAAAAUAGCUCACUGAGCUGCUAUAAGGUGUUCAGCUGUAAAAACUAUUUAGAGAAGUUUUUUAUUUGUGAAGUUUUUAUAGAAAAAGGUCUUCUUUAAUGUUACUACUUUGGAAUGGUAUUGAAUCAGUAAACAAAUAGUGUUUUUUCA